CUCUUGCAACUCGGCCGCCAACAUGCCAUCCAGUCUGAGGAAGACCCGCAAACUUCGGGGCCACGUGAGCCACGGCCACGGCCGCAUCAGCAAGCACAGGAAGCACCCGGGGGGCCGCAGGAAUGCUGGCGGCCUGCAUCAUCACAGGAUCAACUUCGACAAAUAUCACCCAGGUUACUUUGGGAAAGUUGGUAUGAGGCAUUACCACUUGAAGAGGAACCAGAGCUUCUGCCCAACUGUCAACCUUGAUAAACUGUGGACCCUGGUCAGUGAGCAGACACGGGUGAAUGCUGCCAAAAGCAAGACUGGAGUUGCUCCCAUCAUUGAUGUGGUGCGAUCGGGCUACUACAAAGUUCUGGGGAAGGGAAAGCUCCCAAAGCAGCCUGUCACUGUGAAGGCCAAGUUCUUCAGCAGAAGAGCCGAGGAGAAGAUUAAGGGUGUUGGUGGGGCCUGUAUCCUGGUAGCCUGAAGCUACAUGGGGGGGGAGUUCAUUAAAAUGUCCAAGUACUUUUGUCUUCUGGUCUGAGUGUAGGUCCUUUGGCAUCGCUACUUCCCUACCUGUACUUCCAAAACCUCCCUAACAGGUUCUAGGAGUUAGGGUAUCAAGGCCUGGGGUCUUCUGCAAACUUCCCUGAGGAAGAAAGAAGCCUUUGGACCGAUCCUGACUUGAACUUUUCAUUUAUAAAGUGAGAACGAUACCUGUUGCUAACGUGUGUGUAUAAGUAUUAAAUAGUUGAAAGGUCAAAAAAAAAAAAAAAAAAAAAAGAAA